AUGUUUUCCACUGCGCUGCGCAAGACCAGCAAACGAUGCAGACUGAGCCGCGGUGCCGUCCUCGGCAGAGCUGUCAUCAUCCCGGAAUGCACAUCACCACCAGUAUGCCAACGGCGCGCACACCAGCAAUCCCGUAGAGCUAGCAACGGCACCUGGAGACCUGUAUCCGUGCUAGACGAAUGGGUGGCGAGGGAAGCACGGCCCAUAAGCUUGCGACAGCUCAUGGUGUUUGGACGAUCUCUAACCGAGUCGCGCCUCAUCAGCUCUGCGAACUAUGUCCGCACCGAGCUCCCAGCUAGAAUAGCCCACCGCCUGCGAGACAUGCAACAGCUGCCGUACGUCGUCGUCACAAACCCACACAUCAACGAAGUCUACGACUUAUACUACAACGCAUUCGACCAAUUCCGCAAACUCAAAGAGAUAAAAACCCUAGAAGACAACGAAAAACUAUGCGACAUCAUCCGGCACAACCUCAAGGGCCACCUGACGGUCAUACCAAAACUCGCAAUGGGCAUCCUUGAAUGCGGCGGCCUCAUGGACCCCCAAGACCUCGACAAAUUCAUGAACACCAUCCUCCGAUCCCGUAUAUCCCGCCGCGUCAUAGCAGAGCAACACCUCUCCCUAACCGAAACCUUCAACUCGCCCUACUUCUCGCCCGGAGCAAAACUCUCCGAAUCCGACUUCAUAGGCGAAGUCUUCAUCAAAUGUUCCGCCAGGGACGUCAUCACGCGGUGCGCCAAAGCCGUCACCGCGCUCGCCCGCUCCACCAACGGUCCUGACGUGCCCAUCCCGGAGGUCAACAUCGUGGGCCACCUCGACGCCAGCUUCCCCUACAUCCUCAGCCACAUCGAGUACAUUGUGGGCGAGCUCCUCCGCAACUCCGUGCAAGCCGUCAUCGAGCGACACCAAAAGCAACCAGACGCCAUGUCCUCGGUCCCGCCGCCCGUCGAAGUCACCAUCUGCGAGGCCCAAGAGCACGUUAUAUUCCGGAUUUCCGACCGCGGCGGCGGCAUCCCCCGCGCCGAACUCCCCUACCUGUGGUCCUUCUCCAAGGGCCCUCAGUCGGCGAAACGGCUCGAGAAUCUCGGCCAGGUUCCUCGCAUGGCGGCCACGAUGCAGGAACUCCAUGUGGAAGAUGAACUGGGCCGCGCGGAUCUAAAAGCCCCAGCCGCGUAUCAGAGCUCCCUCUCUUCAUUGACGAGCAGACCGCCUAAUUUGCGCUUAGGCAUGGGCCUCCCGCUAAGUAGAGUAUACGCAGAGUACUGGGCCGGCAGUCUACACCUCCACAGCCUAGAAGGAUACGGCGUGGAUGCCUUCCUCCAAAUAUCUAGACUGGGCAAUAAGAACGAGCAGCUUGUCACGAGAGCAAGCAUGGAUUCAGUGUAG